CUACGCAUGCGUGUAGGUGUGACGCCACAGUCUCGCGUGAUGAGGCCGGCGGCUUCGGGAUUUUCUGUAAGUCAGGAGGCAGGGCGCUUGCAGGUAAGAGCAUUGAGGGAGGAGUGAUUACCAUGUAUGCUCUGGUGACUGUUCUGUCAGCUUUACUGCUUGUGAUGAUUUUGAGACGUCUGAAGAGAAAACGCGUUUGCCUUGAUCCCAAAAGGUUGGAUGGUAAAACUGUCCUUAUAACAGGUGGGACAUCAGGCAUUGGAAAGGAGACAGCCAUAGCUCUUGCUAAACGGGGAGCUCGUGUAAUUAUAACAAAUGAAGAUGAAGAGAAAGGGGAUACUGCUUUACGGCAAAUCAAGAGAGAAAGUGUCAGUAUGAAUGUGAAGAUCAUGAAACUUAAUAUGGCAAAUCUACAAAGCAUUCGAGAAUUCUGCAAAGAUUUUGUCCAGAAAGAAAAGAGAUUAGAUAUCCUCAUCAAUAAUGCAGGAGUGCCAGCAGUUUUGGACUGGACAGACAAUGGCUUCAGUAUGUGUUUUGGAGUCAAUCACCUUGGAACAUUUCUUCUCACCAGUCUCCUCACAGAAAGGCUCAAGAGCUGCUCUCCUAGUCGGGUCAUCACAGUGACCUCUGAAGUUCACAAGUAUCAGCGGCUGGAUUUUGCUGAUCUAAAUUACAAUAUUGUACCGCUCUUCUCCUAUUGUCGUAGCAAACUGGCUAAUGUAUACUUUACCCAGGAGUUGGCCCGUCAGAUUGAGAGGCAUGGAGUUACAUCAUGUGCUGUUCAUCCAGGUUAUGUUGUCGGGGACUGGACUUCAAAAUUUUCAGUAUUGUUCCGCAUAGUGAUGUACGUCAUCUCAUCCAUGUUCUUUAUCUCCUGCUUAGAAGGUGCACAGUCAGUAAUCCACUGUGCAGUGUCAGAUGACAUUCUCCAACACAAUGGUGGCUAUUUUUCAGACUGUAAGCCUUGCAAGCUACGCCCCCAUGCUCAGGAUACUGGCAUAGCUAAAAAACUGUGGGAGGUUAGUGAAAUAAUGGUUGGCCUUUCCUCUUCCCGUAGGGAAAUUGAAUCAAUCUGCACUCGAUAGUACUUAUUUAUUUAUUAUACUGUAAUGCACAGUAUAUUGAAAACAGACAUAUUGGAGGACUUACAAUGUGUCAGCAGUUUAAAAUAGUCUGUAUUGUACGUUCCGGUCCAUCUCUGUAUCAGAGAUGCAUUUUCAUGUCUUUUCUCCAUUGGUUCUAAAUGACCAUGACGUCAUCGUGGGCACCCCAAAAGGAUAGCUUGAAUCGCAAUUCAUUUUUAAAAAUUGCUGCUCAGUGGAAAACAGCUUCACAGUGCAAAUAUCUUGAAUUUUUUCGAAUUGCCAAUAUAAUAAUUUUAAAUGGACACUGUUAUCAAAAAAUAAAGUUUUUAUUUUCUGCCUAAAAACAAUAAAAAUGGGUUCAUGAAUGAGUGCAA